AUGCCAGGGCCAGGCAAGAAAGGAGAAGUCAUGUGGCCGAGGUUGGUGGUUAGCAAGAUCCUCAAUAAGAGAUUGGGGAGCAAUAAUUUUGUUGCAGAUUUUCCAAGCGACUCGGAAUCUAAUUUCGUCAAAUUUCCCAGUUUCCCCUCGAAAUCUUUAAGUUGUAGCAGCAUUCUGAACGACCGUGUACGCUCAGAAAACUACAAGAUUUUUGUCAGUACAUGGAAUGUUGGGGGAGUGGAACCAGCAGAGGACUUGAAUAUGGAUGAGUUGCUAGACACGUGCAAUAUUUGCGACAUCUACGUUAUUGGGUUUCAAGAAGUUGUGCCUCUGAGAGCAGCAAAUGUGUUAGGACCUGAAAAUAGCAAGAUUUCCCUCAAAUGGAAUUCUCUAAUUAGAGAAGCCCUCAACAAGAAAUCAUUCAAGAAAGAAGGAAAGUCUACUGAGAGUAGUAAUCAGUACGAGUUCCGGUGCAUCAUUAGUAAGCAAAUGGUCGGAAUAUUGAUAUCGGUCUGGAUUCGUACUGAGCUUCGAUCAUUUGUUCGAAACCCUAAUGUUUCAUGUGUAGGCUGUGGAAUCAUGGGAUGUCUAGGAAAUAAGGGUUCAGUCUCGGUAAGAUUUCGAUUACAUGAGACGAGUUUCUGCUUCGUGUGCAGCCACCUUGCAUCUGGUGGUAGAGAAGGCGAUGAGAGGUACCGGAAUUCAAAUGCAGCCGAGAUAUUGUCCCGCACAAGCUUUCCUAGAGGCUCAUCACUUGAUUUGCCUCAAAAGGUUCUCGAUCAUGAUCGAGUGAUUUUUCUUGGAGAUUUGAACUACAGAAUCUCAUUGCCUGAAUCAGAAACACGAUUAUUGGUAAAAAAAGGAGAAUGGAAUGCACUGCUGGAGAACGAUCAGCUAAGGAUGGAACUGAAGGAGAGUCAAGUUUUUGAAGGUUGGCACGAAGGAGCCAUAGAAUUUGCUCCUACAUACAAAUAUUAUCCAAAUUCUGACCAAUAUUAUGGUGAAUUUGAAGGCAAAAGUGGCGAAAAGAAACGUGUUCCUGCAUGGUGCGAUCGGAUAAUUUGGUUUGGGGAAGAGUUGAAGCAACAUUCAUACGAAAGAGGCGAAUUGAAAUUGUCAGACCAUAGACCAGUGAAAGCAAUUUUCAGCACACAAGUUAGAGUGACACACAAAUUGAAAGAGCUUCAAAAUUGUUUUUAUUCGGAGAGAUUUGAGCAAAUUGCUAGUCGAUUAAACUUUCCAUGCAGAGACUGUUUCAGCUUCCAUGCCAACGACAUAUGA